AUGGAGGAGCCGGACGUGGAGCCGGCGGUGACGGUGGUGCCGGGCGCGGACCCGGCCGCAGGACAGCUCUGCUUCGCCUGGGGCCCCACGGAGGUGCUGGUGUGCGAGACACGCUUCGGCCGCACAGGUGGGUCUCGGCCGGGCCGGCCUGGAUCGGGCGCCUCGGGCCCGGCGCUGAGCGCGUGUGUUGCAGGUAGGGAGGAGGGAGGAGCGAGCGCCUCCCGAGUGUUCGUUUUCCGCAAGGAUGAGGACAUCUACAUCGACGCCCUGCGGAAACUCUUCAAUGAAUCGCACGGGAUCUUCCUCGGGCUGCAGCGGAGCGAGGAGAAGCUGGCGGGGAAGUCGAGGAAAGCGCAUUUGGUUCAAGUGAGUAAAAACUACCGGUCGGUGAUCCGAGCCUGCAUGGAGGACAUGCACCAGGCAGCUAUUUCAGCCCGGGAUCCUGCCCUGCAAAACCAAUACAGCACCCAGGUUCCCAUCCUGUCUGCAAUGGAGCUGAUCUGGAACCUGUGUGAGAUUCUGUUUGUUGAAGCAGCUGCAGCUGGCCCCCUUCUGCUUCGUCUCCUCGACUGGGUGCGACUUCAUGUCUGUGAUGUGGACAACAUGGUCCGUGAAGUUCUGAGCAGUGAAGAUCCAUCAAAACACGAGCUCUUCUGGAAUGUGGUGGAUGCCUUUGUGCUGCAAGGCCGAAUGGAUGAAGCACGGCACUUGCUCUCCAAGGAAGCCAGUGCCAAUCCCAUGUCAAUGAACAUGUACAGAAUCCUGGAUGACUUGAUGGAGAAGAUGCCUGUGCCCAGUCUUAACAACAUGCAGACCCUGACCGAGAUGGAGCUGAAAUGGCAGCACUGGCAUGAAGAAUGUCAGCGGUAUCUACAGAAUGGAACUUUUGCUUCCAGUUCCCAUAUGGAAUCCAUCUGCAAGAUCCUGCUGGGAGAUGAGGAUGCCAUACUGGAGAAGAAGGAACUCAUGACCACUUGGUACCACUUCCUGGUUACCCGACUCCUGUAUUCCCACCCAACGGUGAAGCCGAUGGAGCUGCGGUUUUAUGCACAGUCUAGCAUGGACCUGUUCCUGGGUAGAGAAUGCAGCCCCGAGCCUCUAGACACGAUUCUAAUGGCAGCCUUUGCAUUUGAGAUUCAUGAAGUGAUCAAGGAAUGCAGCAUUGCCCUGAGCAACUGGUGGUUUGUGGCUCAUCUGACUGACCUGCUGGACCACUGUAAGCUCCUGCAGUCUCACAAUCUGUAUUUUGGUUCAAACAUGCGUGAAUUCCUCCUGCUGGAAUAUGCCUCAGGACUCUUCUCCCAUCACAGCCUAUGGCAGCUGGGGGUCAGUUACUUUGACUACUGCCCUGAGUAUGGCAGAGCAUAUUUGGAACUUCACAUUGAACGGAUACCCCUCAACACAGAACAGAAGGCUCUCAAAGUGCUGAGGAUCUGCGAGCGGAGGCAGAUGCAGGAACAAGUCCGUAGCAUCUGUAAGAUCAUGGCCAUGAAGGCGCUGAGGAAUAACCGCCUGGGCUCUGCGCUGUCCUGGAGCAUCAGAGCUAAAGAUUCAGCUUUUGCUACACUCAUCUCAGACCGCUUCCUUAAGGAUUACUGUGAACGGGGAAGCUUCUCUGACUUGGACCUCAUCGAUAACCUGGGACCAUCCAUGCUGCUCAGUGACCGACUGACGUUUCUUGCCAAGUACCGGGAAUUCCACCGGCUCUACGGGGAGGAGCAGUUCUCCGAGGCUGCCAGGCUGCUGUUGAUGCUGUUGACAUCUCACAUCGCUCCCUGCUUCUUCUGGAUGACCCUGCUGACAGACGCCCUUCCCCUGCUGGAGCAGAAAGAGGUCAUAUUUUCAACAGAGCAGACCUACGGGUUGAUGCGGUGCCUGGAAGACCUGACAGCAGGGAAGUUGGAUAAGCAGAAAUUCCAGGAUGACGUUGAGACAAUGAAAGUGGAAAUGCUGAGACUUGCUCUUGCACGGAACCUUGCCCGAGCCAUCAUCAAGGAAGGCACGCUGGAAGCAUCCUGAAGUUAGAGUGCUCGUACUCUCAUUCUGUGGUUCACCGUACAUAAACCCAAGUGUUUGUCUAAGAAUAAAUGCCUUGUUUUGCAUA